AUGGUGACGUCACCACCGAGUCGGCCGAGUCUGCUGCCAACGCGGAACGGAACGGAGCGGAGAUGAAGAUCUUCUGCCCGAUCUGCAAGUGGCUCGUGGUCAGCCUGCCUGCCCUGGACGACCACAUGAAGCGGCACAGGGGGUGGACGGAGCCCGCUCUGUUCCGGUGCCCCCACUGCCCGUUCAACACAGACAAGCUGAACGUGUUCAUCGACCACCAGGCGACACACGACGCGUGCGAGUCGCACAAGUGCGCCGAGUGCGGCAAGGUGUUCAUCGACGCCGAGAUAUUCCGCCAGCACCGAGCGGCGCACGCCGAGGAGAAGCCCUACAAGUGCACUGAUUGCGAACUGGCGUUCAACCGCUCGGGGGAUCUUCACGAGCACCAAAAGACGCACGCCCGCGGCAAGCCCUACCACUGCACCGUCUGCGGCACGGAGUUCACCCUGUCGGAGCACCUCCGAAACCACCAGAGGACCCACACGGGCGAGAAGCCCUACGGGUGCGCCCAGUGCGGCAAGAUAUUCGCCCAGUCGGACACCCUUGUCGCCCACCGGCGGGUCCACGAGGCUGGCAGGGCACGCCGGUGCGCCACGUGCGGCAAGGAGUUCGCGGACCCCAGGGCCCUUCACAUUCACCAGAACGUCCAUGGCCCGCCGUCACGGCCCCCGUCCGACGGCAAACCGGAGGAUGCCUCGGCUCGGACGUUCGACGCUCCCGUUCCCCGCGGAAACGGAGGUGGCGAACAGAGAAAACGGCAGACGUCCAGAGGCGGCGGUGGCGACCGCUCCUUCUCCGCCGGAGCGAGCCAGGCAAAGAGAAACGCCCCCACCACCGCCCCCACCACCACCUCCUCAUCCUGCUUGCCGCCGCGCGAGGCGGCUUUGAAAAGAAGCCGGCGGCAGUAAAGGCGAAGGCGACGUUGUCGGCGGCGUCGUCAUAGAGGACGCUCUGCCAUCACCCACCCACACACCCCCCCAACCCCCCUCGUGUGGGCUUCGUGGCUGUGAAUCCAGAGUUGGAAUGAAACUCUGGCCGUGAGACGUGGAGCCCCGUCUGGGACAGAGAGCGGUGUUUUGGUGGAACCAUGGGGGAGAGGUUUUAAUUUUAGUGCCGUUUGUCGAUGUAGUAACUUCCCAACCCCGGGCCCCCCACCCACCC